AUGGUAGAGACUUCCAGUUUGUCGGAACACGACGAGAAGUCGGUUGUUCUCGACGAGAAAUCGUCACCAGAUGUCGCACCACAAGAUGUCAAUGCUGCUCUCGAACGCAGCGUCACGACAGAAUCGGCCAAAUACCCUUCACUGAAAAAGAUUAUUCCGAUUAUGGCUGCACUAUACAUAUCCAUGUUCCUUGUCGCUUUGGACCGUCUGAUCGUCGCAACAGCAACCCCCAAAAUCACAGACGAAUUCCACAGUCUUACCGACAUAGGCUGGUACGGCAGCGCAUACAUGUUAACGGCAUCAGCCUCCCAACUAGUCUACGGUCGAAUCUACACCUUCUACCCCGCAAAAUGGGUCUUCCUAGGCUCAAUUCUAGUCUUCGAAAUCGGUUCCGCACUCUGCGGUGCUGCUCCCUCAUCUAUAGCCUUCAUCAUCGGCCGAGCAGUGGCAGGUCUGGGCACCGGCGGAAUCUCAGCAGGAGCGGUCAUCAUCAUUGUCUUUACCAUCCCACUCGAAAAACGACCUAUGUACCAAGGAUUCCUGGGUGCAGUCUUUGGUAUCGCCUCAGUCCUAGGUCCGAUUCUGGGUGGUGUGUUCACGACAAAUGUCACAUGGCGCUGGUGUUUCUAUAUCAACCUGCCAUUUGGUGGUGUGGCUAUCGCCGCUAUCUUUCUCUUGUUGGAUGUUCCGCCGCCGAAGAAUGGGAAUUGGACUAUCAAGCAGAAAAUUGCGCAGCUUGAUCCGCUGGGUAACCUUUUCCUCAUUCCUUGCGUGAUAUGUCUGCUUCUUGCGUUGGAGUGGGGUGGUUCAACUUAUGCUUGGUCUAACUGGCGCAUUAUCUUUCUAUUCAUCCUGUUCGGUGUGCUGGGUGCUGUGUUCGUCGUCGUCGAGAUCAAGCUCGGUGAGAGGGCGCUUGUGCCGCCCCGUAUCUUUACUCAGCGGUCUGUUCUGGCCGGUUUUUUCUGGACUAUGAGCACCAGUGCUUGCAUGAUGGUUAUGCUGUACUACAUACCCAUUUGGUUCCAGGCCAUCAAGAAUGUCGAUGCCGAGCAAUCGGGUAUCAUGAACUUGCCUCUGGUGCUUGCAAUGGUUAUCGGAGUGAUUUCUUCAGGAAUCGCCAUCUCGAAAUUCGGCUACUACAACCCAUUCAUGUUUGCCGCCGUCGUUCUGCUCUCGGUCGGUGCGGGUCUGCUGUAUACUUUUCAAGCUGACACAGGUCAUCCCAAGUGGAUUGGCUACCAGGUCAUUUUUGGUCUUGGAUUGGGCUUGGGACUACAACAAGCCACUAUUGCUGUCCAGACCUGUCUCGCUCCUGUGGAUGUUCCGGUUGGAGCAUCACUGCUCAUGUUCUCGCAGCAAUUGAAUGGUGCUCUUUUCGUGAGCAUUGCCGAGACAUUGUUCUCAAAUUUCUUGAAACAAAAUCUGGAGCAGGUAUCCGGAAUCAAUGCGGCGGAGGUCAUCAAAGCUGGUGCUACAGCGAUACGGCAAUAUGUCCCUGCGUCGAAGCUGAGUGAGGUGUUGAGUGGGUACAGUGAUGCGAUUACCAAGACAUUCAUCCUUGGUAUUGUCAUGUCGGUUCUUUCGUUGUUCCCGGCAUUGGCAAUGGAAUGGAAGAGUGUCAAAAAGGAUGUGCAUAAGGAAAAGAAACAGGAGACGGCAGAAGAGAAGGCAUAG